AUGAAGCAUCAAGGGUUCAGUGUUAAUUUUAGGCUAACAGCAGAUAAAGUGAAUCGAGAGGCGCAGGCAACAGCAACGGCACAACAACGAGGCGAGCUGCCUGAAGCAUCAAGAUCAUGUACUAACCUCGAACCAACAGCAUGGCCAGCACAAAGUUCACUAUCUCAUUUUGGAGCAGAAGUAAUUUCAGCACCGGUUCCAAUCACUAACCAUGCAGAAGCAAAUUCAGCAUCGAAUCCACUUAACAAUCAUAAGAAUUCAGCACCGUCCUCACUUGCUAAUUCUGAAAAAGGAGCAUGUCCAGCACCAGAUUCACUGGACAACCCUACAACGUAA